AUGGCUGAAGCGCAAGUGGAAGCUUCUGCAGGGACAACGGGCGAGUACAAGGGCAAAACAGCAGUGGUAGUGGGCGCGGGGCCCUCUGGUGCCUGUGCCGCAAGCUACCUGGCUCGUAGGGGCUUUCGAGUAAAGGUGUUCGAGCGCAGGGGCGACCCUGAGGUGGUGCCCAUCACAAGCCACCGGUCGAUCAUCAUCACCCUGCGUCAGGAGACCAUAGCUGCGAUGGAGGCCCUAGGAGUGGAGUUCCCGCCAGAAGAGGAUGAAGCUGGCUUCAGUGGCCUCACGCGCUUCCGGGGGGUGGCCUGGUGUGGCGAGGGGGGCAUCAAGAAGGACGCCCCCUUGCAGGGCCGGCGGUCUAUCCUGGCAGAGAGGUUUGCCAUCGCACGGGCAGUGCUGAGAGCCGUGCGGCAGGAGCACCCCAUGGCUGUACAGUGCUUCUUUGACCACCAGUGUCAGGUGCCUCCCUGGGGGCCCCUAAAGGCCAUCUUUGCUGUUUUCAGUUUUGGUGUUUCAGGUGCUUCUGGUGUUUUCAGCAUUGUUGAUGUUUCCUGUUUUGCCACAAGUUCACGCAGAGGUGCAGUGCUUGUUUGGUUGCAGGUAUCACACAAGUAG